AGUGAACAAUUUUUUUCAGAAAUAAAAAAUGGCGCAGAUUGCGCGUUUGUCGCGUCUUCACGUGCUUCAGCGGGAGUUCAGCACGUCAUGCGUGUACAUGAUGCCACGUGUUGUUCGUAAAAAUCCGCGCGCACUUGAGCAUGAUCCUGAUGGGUUGGAGGAACCAGGAGGAGGAGGAGGGGUGGAGAAAUGGACAGAUUUUCUUAAUCUUAAAAAGAAAUCUGAGAGCAUCGAUCUUAGGGUCGGGUCCAGCUUUGGAAAUAUCAGGAUGGAUCGGGAUAAUAUACCUGAGUAUCAUGGACAGAUGGAUCCUCUGGACCCUGCUCCUCGUCCCACAACCAGUGAACCUCUGCAGGAGAGAUCAGGAGAAUCCUGGAUUGAGAAUUCCAGGGAGAAUCAAGAGAACUCCUCCUCCCCUGAAUCCGUCCUGUUCGACACGAGCAUUGAUAAUCAGUUCAUUAAAUUUAAACCAUUUAAACACAAAUUUGAAAUUAAAAACGUUAAAGAAUCUAAAACUGUUAAAAAUAAAAAAUCUGAAACGAAACCGAAAGACGAUCUCAAUUAUUUCGACGAGUUAAAUUUCGGUGAUGCACUUAGAAAAUUUUCUCCGGAGUCUGUAAAUACACCUCGGACGGUUGAACCCAGUCCUAUUUCUCUCCUGGAGUUGGAUAGAACGGAUAUGCAUGAAAUUGAUCAGCAGUAUAUUGUGUCUGGAGUUUCCCCGGCUAGUUCUCCUGACAACAAUCAUCCUCCGCAAAUAACAUCUAUACCGAAAGAUCUGGAUUUCUUAGAUCAGCAAUUUUUCUCAGUCGACUCCACCUUUUCCAACCCCGAGGAUUGUAAAACUCUAAAUCUUCAACAAAUUUCUCAACCAAUCAAACCCGAGCCAAAUAAAAGCAAACUUGAGAUGCUGCAAGAUAUCUAUAGAAGCAGGAAUACAAACCAGGAAUCUAAAAUCACAACUUUAUCAAACUUUGACGAGGAAUUGAAAAAUAACAAAAGUGAUAAAACUCUAAAUCUUCCGCCGGCGUCAAGGUCUCCAAAACCCGGUGAAGUGUUGAAUAGGACGAAGACUAAAAAGAAAUCGUCGCCUGCUCUGGAGUAUAUUAGGUCCUUGAGAAAUACGGAUACACCAGACGCAGUUGAUGAUAAAGGGAAUCUAGGUAGUCCCGUUGAUCAGAUUGGAGUUGGUAUUCAUGCCCGCCUGUCCGCGGCAACCAUUACACACAAUACAAAUAUUACCAGGAGAAAGGAAGAUGAUGGGAUAAACCUGGAGAAGACAGAGUACACACCUGUCUCUAAAUAUUCUCCUCCUAAUAUAUCAAAAUAUACAAGUGUAGAGAUAGAAGAGUUAUUACUCAACAAGGUUCUGUAUAACAAGCAUGAAUUGCUGGCUCUGUGGAAACCCUAUGGACUACCAAUGUUUUCAUCUCCUUCCGACAAACAUAAUUGUAAUUUAGAAAAAUAUUUGCCAUUCCUUGCCAGUCAACUUGGACACAAGAAGCUAUUUGAAGUUCACAGAAUUGAUAAAACUACCACAGGGAUUGUAUUAUUUGCGACAAGUGAAACACGUCGUAAGCAUUUAAAGCAGAUGAUCGCUGCGAGAAAGAUCGUCAAAAUGUAUUAUGCGAUCACUAACGGUAUUCCGACUACCAGGGAAGGGAUUGUCAACAUUCCUAUUUCCGAGGGGAAGGUGGAUGGUCGAUUCAGACCUACUGUUCGGCCGGAUUAUGAUGCAAGUCAAAUUUUAAAUAAUAAAUCUACAUAUCGCGGACCUGUCAGUCCCGCGGCAACCGAGUUCCGAGUUCUUUCUACCAAUGGCUCUGCGGCUAUGGUUGAGUGUUUAAUGGUUUCUGGAGUAAAACAUCAGAUCAGGGUUCAUCUGGGACUUGGUCUUGGGACACCAAUUCUUGGAGACAGCAAGUACUCGUGGGCUGAUCAACUGGGACCCCCGCAGCGGGUAGCCGGAGAUAUCCUCAACCGUCUCAAAUUGAAGCGUAGUCAAGCGCGGCAUUUACCCAUCUUUCUGCACGCGCGUAGACUUUCUAUCCCUGAGAUAUUACCGGAUAAGAAGAUUACCAUCACGGCGAGCAAACCACACUUUUUCAACAAAGUUCAAGAGAAAUUAAAACUCUCUGAUACCCCUAUGCUGGAACGGUUUUGGAAACCUUAAGGUUAAAUUUAUUCUAAAAUGAUUUCACAGG